GGAAAUCUCCGUGUUUCUCCGCAGCGGGCUGGAACAUGCCGAGGAAGUAAUUUCUGUGCACCAGCUGGAAUGGAGCGGUGGGGCGCAGAGGGAAUCGGUCGCGUUGCACCACCAUCACCACCAACACCACCACGAAGACGACGACGACGACGUCGUUGACGAAGACGCUGACGACGGAACGAAGGACGAGCCGCCCGAUUUCCCGCUUGAUUUGGACCCGACCCCGGCGGUGCCUGUCGUUGCGAGCCACCCGACUGACCUGGCCGACCCGCCGUCCAAGUUCCUCCGGCAUCGAUUCAGUGUUCCAGAGGUCAUCGACGACAGCUUCCGGCGGGACGUGCAGGGCUUCCACUUUUUGACCAAGUCCCCGUGCUACCCGGUCGUCUUCCAGCACGAGCGCUACGGGGCCACUCUCGUCUUCGUGUCGCCCAAGGAGCUGCCGGAUGUCCUGGAGGCCUUCAGCUCUCUGGAUCAGAAGGGAAUGCCCGAAGAAGAGACUGAUUUGGACGCCUUGUUGGACCCGCAGUGCUUGAGAGACGAAUCGGCGAUUUUUGAAGACGUUAUCAAGCGUUUGGAAGAGAGCGGAUGUCCAUCUCCGUUGCCGGGUUGCGCAUCGAUGCACCCGGGCCGCGGGCCGUUGCUCGAGGCGGAGGGUCUCGCGAAACCCUCGGGCUUGGAUCCCUCCCUGGGACCCGCUUUUCCGGACUCCGUCGAGGAGCCCAUGCUGCAUCUGGACCUGGACUCGAGUCUAUAUUCGCCAUCCCCGGAGCAUUCGGUGGAUACGUUCAGUCCUAGCGACGUUCCGAGUGACGCAGCCUCACUCACUUCCUCGUCAUUAUGCGUCAAAAAAGACACUACCUGGUCGGAUUCUCUAUCCAGCAACGGAAGUCCGAUGGAGACUGAUUCCCUGGAUCUACACCUGAGCGGAGAAGAUUGCAGUCAACUCAUUUGCGAAGAUCUACCACUCAUUGGUUCCCGAGAAGCCCUGUGGUUCACGACAGUCGCCGAGAACGUAUCUUGCGAACCGUGA